AUGACGACGAAGGAAAACCAUGAAAUAAAGUCUCGAUAUCAAAAGCAUGGAGGGUCAUCUCAAAUGGAGCCUGCCACUUGUCUGUCGGCAGGCAACAUCCCUGGUCUUGGCGGCCGGCGCAUUUUCCACAGCGUGCCCCGCAUCUUUGGGGUUUCAUCAAACUGCCAGCCAGCAGUGCCAGCUUGCUUGCCCAGGGGCCCGCCAACUGACGACGGCUUGCUUGCUUUCCAUCAUUUCGCCUGCAGUAAAGCAUUUGACGACGAUUCUCGCCUGCAAGAGCUUCGUCUUUGGCCAAGCUUCGAUUGGCGAUUCACAGACACAGUCAUGUCCUCCAACACGGCCAUCAUCUCCUCCUUUGUGGAGGGAGCUCCGCCAGGAGAGGCAUGUCUUUUCUUCUGCACUCGUCUCUUGCUACAACCGGUCCCCGAACUCCCGAUUCUACCGAAACGAGCGACACCUUCUUCUGCCCUUGAUCUUCACCCAUGUUGGUCCAGAACGACUCGACUAACUGUGCGAGUAGACAUCAAAGCUAUCACCGGUCCAGACCCCAACCUCAUCAAGAACCUCUCUCCUGCGUUCCAAAAGUACAACGAAGAGCAGUUCAUCACCGCGAAGCUCCCGGGUGGAAGCAGCCAGGUGAUCAUCAGCGAGUUUAGCGCGCUGGGGGAGGGGAGGUACUUUGAUUCGGAGAGCCAGAGCUCGUUUGAGUUUGAUCACUCGACGGGCAAGGCGGCGAAUGUGCAGAGUCAUGUUCUGGAGGGGGAGCAAGCCUCGUUGGUGAAAUCAACCCUCAACACUGUGGGCACCUACGUCAAGGAGCACUACCCCAACGCUGCGUACGGGGCUUACCCGAUCGAGAACGACAACAAGGUCGCGGUGGUGAUUGUGGCUAAUAAGUAUAGUCCUCAUAACUUUUGGAACGGCCGCUGGCGCUCGUUUUACAUUUAUGAUCCUUCGUCAAACUCUUUGGAGGGAUCCAUCAAGGUUGAUGUGCACUACUAUGAGGAUGGAAACGUGAGGCUGCUGACGGACAAGAAGGUGAAUGCUUCUGUGUCUGCCGGCCGGGCUGCGGAUGGGAUCGCGAGGGAGAUUUCCACGGCGGAGAAGAAGUACCAGGAGGAUCUGAACAGGAGUUUUACGCAGCUGAGUGAGGGGGCGUUUAAGGCGCUGAGGAGGCAGUUGCCAGUGACGAGGCAGAAGAUUGAGUGGGACAAGGUGGCCAGUUAUAGGUUGGGGCAGGAUAUUGGGGGGGGUUCUGUGAGGAGAUAG